CGACACUCACACCAGCGGAGAGACACGCAGUCAUGAACACUAUGAGCGCCUUCUUUCUCUUUGGCUUCGUUCUCCCUGGUCGGGCAGUUGAAAGAUCACGACUCAAGCGCACUCUGGUUGGAUGUUUCCUGUAUGCGCGUAGAAUCUACAAGAUCGGCUCUUCCCUCGAGGAUAUCGGAAAUGACGCCACAAUCGUUCAUCAGAUCAACCAAAUGAUUGAGAUCAACGUAAGUCGGGCGGGUCAGCGGAAGGGCGAACACGGAUCCAUCCAUGGCGUUCGCUGUGCUGCAUGCAGGAGGUGCGCAUCCCGUCAGAGUAAGCAGCUGCAGCGAGUGGCAUGCGUUCUUGUUUGCUUGGUCUGCCGCUGCUGCAGGUUCCGCUUACCUUUUGUCCUGUCUCGCGUGAUGUGGACCAGGAGAUCGUCCAGCCCGUCCUGACCGUAUGGCGAACGUUGGGGAAGAACAUGACGGAUGCGCACCACACCGAGGCACAGCCCUGCCGUGGCCUACCAUUUCCAGAACCCGGUAUCUAUAUCAGCCGCCAGGACACAAGAGAACGGCCAACACCACACGGAAUUGGAUGUGUUUUCUCAGAGGAUGUGUUCGCUGCCCGGAAGGGAAUUGUGCAGGAGGCCCGCCGGAUCGUGGCCGAGGCAGGCUACGAGCUCUCGGCCCAGAACGUCAUGACAGUGAUUGGUAAGCUCCGAAAGCAUGCCAUGAUGUUUUUCUGCCGCCACACACUCGGCAUUCUGUGACGCUGACGCUGCAGUACCACGACCUCGUGUGGGAGGUACACAUACGGCACGCCCGUCUGCUGUCGCCCAUGGUAUUUUGUCUGUCUUUACCUCUCAGAUGGAAGAGGUGGGAGAGGCGCUCGACCGUCUGCAGAAGAAUGAGUACUAAUCCACGAGGCGCAUCGCAGCACGGCUGAAGCUGAAGAGGGGGCAACAGCAGAGUGUG